AUGGAUGAUUAAUAUUAAUCUAUUAAAGAUAAGUAAAUUCUCUGGCCUAAACAUCCAACUAUAUUAUCAGAUUGGAAUCUCGACAAUUAUUCAAAAAUUGGAGUUUAUUAAUUCAAUAAACAAUUAGUUUAUUCAACAUUUGACAGAACUCUCUUUAUUUAAGAUAGAACCAAAAAAAAUAAAAAGAAGGUUAAAUUAAUGUUAGUAGAUAGAAAUAGAGCUUCAGUAUUUGAUGGAGUUAGAGCAGAUUAUGAACAUUUCUAUUCACAUUAUUAGAGACAAAUGAAUAAAAUUGAAACUUCAAUUGAAUAAUAAAGGAAAGAAAUCUAAAAAUUAAAAUAAGAAUAAUCAAAAAAAGAAUUGAUGUUGAAAAUGUAAUAAAAAAGAGAAGAAUAAAGGAAAUUACUUAAAAUAAGAUUGAAAUUAAAUUAUGUAGAAGAACCAAAAAUAGUUAAGACUGUAAAAAUAAAACAUUCUGAUGAAUUGAAGUUUUUAUUAGUCAAACAUGAUUCAACUUCUAUUUAAUUAAAAUAGGAGAAUUGUUAAAUCAUUUUACAAUGA